AUGGAGAGCUACGUGCGGAAGCGGUCGUGGAAGAAGGGGCCGACGAGGGGCAAGGGCGGGCCGCAGAACGCGGCGUGCGAGUACCGGGGCGUGCGCCAGCGGACGUGGGGCAAGUGGGUGGCGGAGAUCCGCGAGCCCAACAAGCGCGCGCGCAUCUGGCUCGGCUCCUUCGCCACCGCCGAGGAGGCCGCGCUCGCCUACGACGAGGCCGCGCGCAGGCUCUACGGCCCCGACGCGUUCCUCAACCUGCCCCACCUCCGCGCCGCCGCCACCCCGCAGCAGCGCAUGAUCAGGUGGCUCCCGGCUUCCGCGAACGGCGCCGGCGCCGGCGCCAGGGCCCCCGCCGCCGUGCCGGCCUACGGCCUGCUCAACCUCAACGCGCAGCACAACGUGCACGUCAUCCACCAGAGGCUGCAGGAGCUCAAGAGCUCCUCCUCCUCCUCGCCGGCCAAGCCGCAGCAGCACUCCAGGAGGACCCCUCCCCCGCCCCCGCCUCCCCCGGCCGCAUCGUCACCUUCCUCCACGGUGACCACCGGCGCCAUGCCGCCCUCCGCGUCGUGCUUCCAGGCGCAGCUGGAGCACGCCAUGGCGAUGACCGCCGCCGCCGAGAGCGCGCCGCCCUGCGAGGGCUUCGGGGCCGGCAGGCCACAGCUCGACCUCAAGGAGUUCCUGCAGCAGAUCGGCGUGCUCGGGGAGGACGACGGCGGCGCGGCCGGCAAGCAUCAGGGCGUUGACGGGGACGACGGCGAGGUGGCGGACGCGUUCGGGUUCGGAGGCAGCACCGGCACCGGCGCGGAGUUCGACUGGGACGCGCUGGCCGCCGACAUGAGCGACAUCGCCGCGGGAACCCACGGCGGCGGGGGCGGCGCGCUGGGCGUGAACGGGGCGUUCCACAUGGACGAUCUCGACCAGUUCGGCUGCGUGCCCAUCCCCGUAUGGGACAUCUGAUCUUGUGUUCUUAGGCUCUUAAUUAGCCCAUGCAUAAGCUUUGCUUAGCUGAUUUACUAAUUUCGAUCUGCAUGCAGUCUGAUCUGAUGGAUUAUCUACGAGGUUUAGCUUCCAACUUCUUCCAUGUAGUUUGGCAUGAAUCUUUAGAUCUGUUUCAUCAGAAGAAACAUGUAAUAGCAUAAGCACAAUAAACUUGACGCGCACCAGCUAUUGCCACAACCAGGAAAAUGAGACCACCACAAUGCAUUGGACUUCUCACAAAAUCUUCUCCAGAUAGCAUCAACUAAAAAAUAAAUCUACUCCAGAUAGCAUCAACGCAAAUCUGGCUAAUUUUCAUCCCAAGCAAGGAGAACGAUGCGAUCACAUCUCAUAAGGAGCUAAAGACAACCCAACGAGCAAAACAAACGCGGUGAAGAACUUAUAUCAGACUUGCCCGCAAGAAAGUAUGCAUAAUCAUCACAAAUACGACGGUGAAGUUGCGACCAUACCACCAAACCAUCGGUGGAAUCUAUAAGACAAAAUGCUACCACCAAACAAAAA